GCAGUCCAAUAUUCUCAAAAAAAAGCUUCCAAGUUUUAAUAACUCGAAGCAUUGCCAACCCCAAUUGAGCGCAACAUGGCUGCGAGAGUGCUGCUGCGACGGCGUGUCGUUGCGCCUUUCAUGGCUGCGACUCUUGCCGGAGGAGCUUUAUUUCCCUCGGUUGCGCUGGCUGAAGCACCCUCACACGACCACUCUUCCAAGAAACCUAUAUACGACGAUUACGAGACCUUCCUCUCCCCGAAAGCCACCAAUACGCCAGUCCCGUCGCCAGCCUCAGAUACUAUAUCAGAAGCGUCCUUCUCAUCGUCAACGACGUUAGUCGAACAUCCAGAGAAAAAACAUCACAGUCCGACGCCGACCGACCGGUUAGCCGUAGAGGUCGGCAAAGCCCGUCUAUUUCUAUACCGAUAUGCUACAGCUACGGAGGAUGCCGUGAACGGCGCCAUCGACUCGGCAUUCCACUUGGAACAGUCCUUCACCGAAACCAUCGCAUCGCUGGCGCCGGCGCGGGAGAGCGGCGAGAAAUUGAUGCCGGGUCUAGUAUACGUACUUGUAGCAUCCAUGACGGGCAGCAUCAUGACAAGGAACCGCAAUAUCAUCCUGCGGGCCUCGCUCCCCUUCGCCUUCGGCGUCGGCGCCGGCUGGCUGCUUCUCCCCGUCACCAUGACCAACGUGUCAGACCUGCUAUGGCGAUACGAGCGCCGAUUCCCCGCCGUAGCUGAUGCCCAUCUGAAGACGAGACAAAGCAUCCAAGACGCCUGGCGCUUCGCCAGAGUCCACGUUGACGUCGGGAAGAACUACGUCGACGAGAAGGUCGGCAAUACCCGCAAUAUUGUCGAGGGCUGGGUAAAGCAGGGUAAAUAGAUAGAGGGGGGGUCUUUUCGAAGAGAAUACUACCUUGUACUUUAGACGAAUAGACACAAAAUUUGCUUUGUUCGAGGCUAGGAAGGAUAGGUACCAACUACUAUUGGACGUGUAAUUGAAAGUACAUAAGUUGUUGCAUACAUCUCCUGUUGUUCUAUUUGGCGUAAGACUUGAAUCUAGAGA